CUGAAUUAAGUAAAUUUGAAAAAUGUAAAAUAAUACAAUUAUUUGCUUAAAUUUUAACUCUGAACCCUGAACUCUGAAGUAACACAACAAUAAAUAAAUUACAAAAUGUUAUACUGUAAAUUGUAAUAUUAUGUGGAGCAAUUAUAAGAGAUUAUUUAAUGGUUUUAGUGUAAAUACAAUUAUUUGUAUAGCUUAUAAAAGCCAUUAUGAAGCGCUAAAUAUCUCUAAAACUGCCACACAUAAAGAAAUAAAAGAUGCGUAUUAUCGACUAUCAAUGAUAUAUCAUCCAGAUAAAAAUAAAGGAAGUGAAGAAGCUGCAAAAAUUUUCCGUGAUAUAACUUCAGCAUAUGAAAUCUUGGGAAAUGUCCGUCAAAGAAAAUUAUAUGAUAGUGCAGCUAACUUAAAUCAAAAUUCUUCUCAAUUUACUACUAAACAACAACCUUUUGAAACAAUGUAUACAAAAAAUGAUAUUUAUAAAACCAAUGUCAGUAGCAGAGACUAUAAUUUUGAACAGUGGUAAGGCUCAUUAUACAAAUGUAUUUAGGCGACACCAUGAAACUCGACAAAAACAUACAA